AUGCGUCCCUAUAGUAAUUUCGACUCUGAGCACGACCCUCAACAAAAAUCCAAAGAAAAAGAGGACAUGACAUUAGUGUUUAGCAAAGUCAAAGACAAAAACAAAUUGCAAUCAAAUGAUACAAAUCCACCCGCCGAGUUAGCCUUCAAGAGCGCGUUGGGUGCGCCGUUCUCGACGGAUGAUAAGAAGCCGCCCGCCGAGUCAGCCUUCAAGAACGCGUUUGGUGCACUGGCCUCAACAGAUGAUAAGAAGCCGCCGGCCGAGUCAGCCUUCAAGAGCGCGUUGGGUGCGCGGCCUCGACGGAUGAUAAGAAGCCGCCCGCCGAGUCAGCCUUAA